AUGGCCAGUGUAGCUAGUAAUACUACAGAUACAGCAUCAAAACCACUUAUGGAUCGAUUAACACAUGCUAUUAUAAAAGAAACAUCAAAAAAUUUGAAAUAUUAUAUUGAUGUAAAACGUCGUGAAAAUGCAUUUGUUCUUAAUCCAAAGUCGCCAUUUAGUGAUUCAACACCAGUCAAGGCAAAGCUUCCUAAUGGAUCAACUAGAGAACAUCUCUCACUAUAUGGCUCCUAUUAUGCAGAUAAAGAUACUACAAAUGUUUUACCGAGUUUUCAACAAAAACAAACACAAUUUCAUCCAAUUACAACGAGUCCCGAAAAACGAAUGUGCCGUGAAGAACUAAAUUUUCAUAUGCGUUCAUACAACUUUUCACCAAGAGAGAGUUCAAAAUUUUCUGAAAUACGUGCAAAGCCUACAAUGCGAUCGAGUUCAUCAUGCGGUAUUCAUCGUGAUUGUCGACCACGAACAUCACUAAAACUAACACGUCAUGAACAAGAUCAAUUAGUUGAUGAUGCAGCUGAUAUUCUUGCAUCCUUAGUUAGAUCACGUCGAUCAAUUAAUGAAACUAAUACAUUAAUACAACCGACACCAACUUUGUAUAUUUCGGAGCCUACGACUUCUUCGCCACGGCAAACAGAUGAUCAAUCAAAUAUUCGAUCGCCUAUGACGUAUCCGGCAACUGAUUUACGAAUUUUCUCAAUUAAACCAAAAGCAAAAGCAAAAGCAAAAGGAGAAAAACGAAUAAUACAAGAUGCUCCCACUAAAGCAACAUCUAUGGCAAGUGCAACUUCAAACCACUUAUAA